AGGAGCGCAGGCAGAAAGCGAGAGUUGAGUGUGUUUCUGUGAUGAACAGAGGAUCAUCAUGUGUCUGCUGGACUCCUGCACUGCUCUGCUGCUGCUCGGCUGCUGGAUCUCAGGCAGUGCUGUCCGCAUCUCAGACGUGACUUUGGUGAACCCUGACCCGGUGGUGUUGCCUCUGACCGCUCCAUCUCUCCUGUGUGUCAGCAGUGACUGGACCUCAGGCGGGUCAGUGCUGGCUUUGGGUCAGGAGUUCCCCCAUCCGCAGGGGUCAUUGCUGGCUCUGGGUCAGGAGUUUCCCCAUACGAUGCCCCGCCCACACCCCGCCGCCGCUACUGUCACCUGGAGCACCCGCAACCAUGCCUUCGGGGCCUUCUACUGCCAGAUCAGAAACUCUACUGGCAGUAAAAUCUACACCUACAAGAUGCUCCAAGAAGCUGCGUUCCUGCCCGAGUCUCUGACCAUCACCGUAAACCAGGGAGAAAACGUCAACAUCUCCUACAGCAGGAGGGCGAAAUCAGCAGAGGACACGGUCAUACAUAAGAACGGUCAUUUUGAACACUCGUCCCCUAAAGAGGAUAUCUCAGACAUCAUCCACUACCCAGUGACCAACGCUAAAGCUGAGAGUCACGCAGGAAUAUAUGCUAUACGCUACAUCUCUGCAGCGCCGUCCAGCGCCGCCAUCACACGGCUGAUCGUCAGGAGCUGUAGAGCGGGUCUCUGGGGGCCCAACUGCACUGAGUCGUGUCCGCGCUGUGCUAACGGCGGUGUGUGCGACGACACCACAGGAGAGUGUGUUUGUCCUCCAGGAUUUAGAGGACACACCUGUGACACAGUGUGUGGUUCGGGCCGGUUCGGGCCCAGCUGUAAGGAGCGCUGUGUGGACGGUGUGUGUCGCGCUCUGGUGUUCUGCCUCAGAGACCCGUACGGCUGCUCCUGCGCAUCUGGAUGGAGAGGCUUGAGCUGCAACGAGGCCUGUCCGGAUGGUUAUUACGGCGCUGGGUGUACACAGAAGUGUGUGUGUGCAAGAGGCAAGUGCGACCGCUUCAAAGGAUGUGUGGAAGCAGGUGAGCAUGUGUGUGUGUGUGUGUGUGCAGAGAGCAGGCCUGUGAUCAGCCGUCUCAGUGAUGUGGAGAUAAACACUGGUGUGGAGUUGUCAGUGUACUGCUCUGCGUCCGGCCGACCCGCUCCACUGCACGGAGAAAUAACCUUGAUCACCGCCAACAGAACCACUGUCUGUGCAGUGGACACACACACAGUGAAUGAUCAGUCGACGUCAGUGUUCAGAGUGCAGCAGAUGAGUGUGUCGUCUGCGGGCCGCUGGCGCUGUCAGGUGAACAACACACACACGCAGGUGGAGGAAGAGUUCACUGUGGAGGUCAAAGUGCCGCCACGGCCCCAGAAUCCUCCGGUCCUGCAGGGCAGUGGGCCCCAUCACCUGCUGCUGCUGCUCAACACGGAACCCUACAGUGGCGACGGACCGCUCGCCACCACCACACUCCUGUACCGGCCUGCCAGCGCACAGACAUGGAGCAGCGUCACAGCGCGAGGCCCGCUGGUGCGGCUGGACAACCUUUACCCCAUGACCCACUACCUGACCCAGGUACAGCUCAGCCGCCCUGGCCCUGGAGGAGCAGGACAGCUUGGACCUGCAGCCACUUUCUCCACACAGGUGCUCGAGCUGCCGAUGGGUGUGAAGCUGUCGGCUGUCAGCCAGACCGCACUGCUGCUGUCCUGGGACACCGCUCUGGCUGAGCAGCGCUGCACCUAUGAGGUCUCCUGUCUGCAGGCCGGUGCUCCAGGAACACUGAGGACCUUCCAGCUGCCGUCAAACUCCUCCGCUGUGCAUCUGAGCGAUCUGAAACCCAGACACAAAUACCAGUGUACAGUGAGGAGCAACUGCGGCGUGGGACAGAACCAUCCCUCCGCCAGCGCCUGGACACUCAGCGACCCAGAGCUUCCUCCUCCACCGGUCAACAUCUCCAUCUGGAACAUCAGCGAUACCUCUGCCGUCCUCACCUGGGCUGUGGCGGAGGGCGAGUCUGUGUCCAGAGCCGUGAUCCGCUUCCAGCAGGUGGAGCAGGCGCAGUACAGACAGCAAGUGGAGCUCCCGGUGCAGCCACAGCAGCUGCACAUGCGCUUCCAGCUCCAGGGCCUGAGGCCCGACACCAGAUACCAGCUGCAGCUGUGGACGGUCAAUAACAUGGGGGAGAGUGUGGAGAGUCCACCGAUCAGCCUAAUGACACUGCCACAGCAGGAGAGCUCAGCGCUGUUCGCGGCUCAUGGACACCUGCUCCUCUAUGCUAUCCUGGGGUCCGCCGGCAUGACCUGCGGCACUGUCCUGCUGGCCUUCUGCAUCGUCCUGCAGCUCAAGAGGAACACACUGCAGCGGCGCAUCCACAGCAUACUGAGGGAGGAGCCGGCGGUGCAUUUCAGCUCAGCUCCGCCCCCUCACAGGCGCUCGGCGGUGGUCAGCCGCUCUCUGGUGUUCCCGGCGCUGCAGUGGAGUGAUAUCCAGUUCCAGGACGUACUUGGGGAGGGAAACUUCGGGCAGGUGCUGAAGGCGCGCAUCAGGAAGGACGGGCUGAGGAUGGAUGCGGCCGUCAAGAGAAUGAAAGAUUACGCCUCUCAGGACGACCACCGAGACUUCGCCGGGGAGCUGGAGGUGCUGUGCAGACUGGGCCCACACACCAACAUCAUACACCUGCUGGGAGCCUGCGAACACAGAGGUUACCUGUAUCUGGCAAUCGAGUUCGCUCCUCAUGGGAACCUGCUGGACUUCCUGCGCAAGAGUCGUGUACUGGAGACGGACCCGGCCUUCGCUAUCGCCCACUGCACCGCCAGCACACUCUCCUCACAGCAGCUGCUGGCCUUCAGUGCAGACGUGGCCCGCGGGAUGAGUUACCUGAGUCAGAAACAGUUCAUACACAGAGACCUAGCGGCUCGAAACGUCCUGGUGGGAGAAAACUUUGUGGCGAAGAUCGCAGACUUCGGGCUGUCCAGAGGUCAGGAGGUGUACGUCAAGAAGACCAUGGGGCGUCUGCCAGUGCGAUGGAUGGCAAUCGAGUCGCUUAACUACAGUGUAUACACCACCAACAGUGACGUGUGGUCGUACGGUGUUCUGCUGUGGGAAGUGGUCAGUUUAGGAGGAACGCCGUACUGCGGGAUGACCUGUGCUGAACUCUAUGAGAAGCUGCCGUUGGGCUUCAGGCUGGAGAAACCACUGAACUGUGACGACGAGGUUUAUGAGCUGAUGCAGCAGUGCUGGAAGGAGAAGCCAUUCGAGAGGCCGUCAUUCUCUCAGAUCCUGCUGUCGUUGGGCCGCAUGCUGGAGGAGCGCAAGACAUAUGUCAACACUACGCUGUAUGAGAAGUUCACCUACGCAGGAAUCGACUGCUCCGCGGAGGAGGCUGGCUGAUGCCCUGCAGCAAUAAUGAAGAAGAUUAUACACACUCACACACGCACUGUGUUCACUAGUGAGGGACUAUCAGAUCAUGUCUUGUACGUGUUUGUGUGUGUGCAGACACUGACCGCUGUGGCAUUUGUAUUUCAUUGUUUUUAAUAAAGCUCCUCUUGUUUAAUAA